AACUUCAUGAAAUUCAUGGACUAUCUGUGCAUUAUCCAACACUCGGCCAUCGGAGUCUGCUGCCCGGACGGCAUGGUGGAAGGUGCAAUGGACGUCAUAGCAGGAGAUUUGCCUGCAACUGCUCCUAAAGACGAAAAUGCUAUCGCUUUUAAGAUCGACCGCGCUGAAAACCGAGGUUGUGGACUUAGUACUCGAGCUCAGACCAGGGUAACUGGAUCGCGGCCUGCUAACCCUCGCGAGUGGCCCUGGAUGGCGUCCGUAACUCCCGAAGGUUUCAAACAGUAUUGCGGCGGAGCCUUAAUCACUGAUCGACACGUGUUGACUGCGGCCCACUGCACUCGCAGAUGGAAGGCUAGUGAAUUAUUCGUGCGUCUAGGAGAAUACGACCUCGUUCGUACCAACGAUUCUCGCUCCUACAACUUUCGAGUUAUCGAGAUACGCCAACACGAAUUUUUCGACAAAUCGAACUAUCAUAAUGAUAUUGCGAUAUUAAAACUUCAUAGAGCAGCCGUGUUUAACACAUACGUUUGGCCGAUAUGUCUACCGCCUCGGGGAUUGCAGUUGGAGAAUGAAAUCGCAACUAUAAUAGGUUGGGGGACGCAGUGGUAUGGAGGUCCCCACAGUGACGUCUUAAUGGAAGUGUCGGUGCCGAUAUGGGUUCACGAGACAUGUGUAAGAUCAUUCAGUGACUCGAUCUUCAAUGAAACUAUAUGCGCUGGAGGAAAAGAAGGCGGUAAAGAUGCUUGUCAGGGUGAUAGUGGUGGUCCACUGAUGUACCAACUGCCCAGCGGUCGCUGGACAGUAAUAGGAGUGGUGUCCUGGGGUGUACGUUGCGGGGAGGCCUCGCAUCCAGGCCUCUACACGCGCGUCGAUCAAUACCUGGAGUGGAUUCUGCAGAAUGCUCUCUUCUAAGCUAACAUUACGAAUAAUCUGCGCUUAACUUUUUGAUCUAUUAGAUUUGAAUAGUAAAAACGAUGUCUUAAAA